CAGGUUGAUGGUGUUUCUGGAGAGACUUUAAAAUUUAGUGAAAUAAUAGACUGGAUGAAAAGAGUUAGUUUUGGCUGGCAUGAAGCUGGUUUAGAGGCUGGCCAUGUAGUUUGCCUUGUGACCCCAAACUGUGUCCAAGCCCCAGCAGCAUUUUUGGCAGCCAUUGCAGCUUCAGCUGUUGUUACAUUGUCAAAUCCACUUUACACUCCAGAUGAGCUUAAGCGGCAUUUCACCGAUAGUAAGUCCAAGUGGAUAGUUGUCCAUCCACUCUGUCUCCCAGGGGUCCAAGCAGCUAUCAAGGAUUUAGAUGAGAUUAAAGGAGUGUAUGUGCUGGGUUCAUCAGCUGUGAAUGGAGUGGAACCUCUUGUGGGUCUGUCACAAGACCAGCCAGAGAGUUGGCAGUACCAUGGAGUCUCUGGUGACAGUGUGGUACAUCUUCCAUAUUCUUCAGGAACUACAGGCCUCCCAAAAGGUGUAGAACUUACAUCAUCAAACUGGCUAGCAGUUCUCUCAACUAUAGGGAGAAAAGAAUAUCUAGAUGUGAGUAGUGAUGACACUGGCCUUGGAAUUUUACCAAUAUUUCAUGCAUUUGGGAUGGCCAUGUACCUAACUGCUCUGUCUCAUGGUAUGACAAUGGUCACCUUACCAAGAUUUAUUCCUGAUGUCUUUCUCAAAGCAAUUCAAACUUACAAGGUGACCCUAGCACCUUUGGUUCCACCACUUGCUCUUUUCAUGGCUAAGCAUGACCUGGUGACCAAAUUUGAUCUAACAUCAAUUACUAAUAUAAUAUGUGGAGCAGCCUCAUUAUCGGGAGAUGUCCAAGCAUUGCUCUCUAAGCGGCUGUCUGGAGUAAGAGUCAGACAGGGUUAUGGACUCACAGAAACAACUCUUGCUACAUUCAGCAGUGAAACUGACUUACCAGGAGCAGUAGGAACUGUUCAGCUCACUGUGAAGCUAAGAUUGUAGAUAUGAAGACUGGGGAUUCUGUAGGACCUGGUAUUGAUGGAGAAAUCUGUAUCAGAGGCCCAUUAAUAAUGAAGGGCUAUCUCAACAAUGAGGAAGCAACAGCUAAUAUCAUAGACAAUGCUGGAUGGUUG